AUGACUUAUCGAACAUUGACUGUUAUUUAUGGAAAGGUCAAAGUAUACGUUAAAGAAAAGCAUUCGGAAGAUAUGCCUCCCAACUUUUUCCAAAAGCCUGAAACGGCUUUAAAGCGCGCUCAGGAGCUCAUUUCGGUUGGCAAGGAAGUUGAUGCUUUAGAAACACUGCAUGAUACUAUAAAGUCGAGACGUCAUAAACAGUGGACGAAAACACAUGAAGCAAUUAUGUUGAAACAUAUGGAACUAUGUGUUUCUUUGCGACGUUCUCAUGAUGCGAAAGACGCUCUUUUCCAGUAUAAAACACUCACUCAGCAGAUUGCUAUAAAGUCACUCGAGACGGUAAUACAACAUUUUUUGGAGCUUGCGCAGCAGAAAACUGAAGAAGCACAGAAAACUUCUAUUGAGAAAGUUGAGGAAAUUGAUGAUUUGGACCAAGCUGAUGCUCCUGAAAACUUGCUAUUAUCAGCUGUAUCUGGCGACGCAGUUCAAGAUCGAAUGGAUAGGACUGUACUAAGUCCAUGGUUGCGUUUUCUGUGGGACUCAUAUCGAAAUUGUCUGGAUCUAUUAAGAAAUACUGCUGUGGUUGAGCAACUUUAUCACCGUAUUGCUCGUCAAUCCUUUGAAUUCUGUGCCAAGUAUCAACGACGAACGGAAUUUCGCAAAUUAUGUGAUAGUCUUCGAUUACAUUUGACUCAGAUUCAGAAACACCAACAUCUAGCGCAUGUAGUCAAAUUAACGAGUGCAGAAUCCUUAACAUUAAUGCAAGAUACACGUCUAAUCCAGUUAGAUACAGCGAUACAAAUGGAAUUGUGGCAAGAAGCAUAUAAAAGUGCUGAGGAUGUUCAUGGCAUGAUGCAGUUAAGCAAAGAUAAAGAUGAAUGUGCAGUCAAACCAGCAAGCUAUGCCAAUUAUUAUGAUAAGCUUGCUUUGGUGUUUUGGAAAGCUGGUAACACAUUGUUCCAUGCUGCUGCUCUUCUUCAAAAAUAUAUCAUAAAUAAAGAUAUGAAGAAAACGUUUAGCAUGGAAGAAGCUACGGAUCAAGCGACGCGUGUACUCUUAGCAACACUUUCAAUUCCAGAUGGCGCUGAUAAUCCAUCUGAUUUGACGCGACAUUUGGAUAUUGAGGAGCAGCAUCUUGCCAAUAUGCGACUGCUAUCAAAUCUUCUUCGUUUACCAGUGGCACCAACAAGAGUUGGAAUUUUAAAAGAAAUUACUCGGUUGAAUUUGCCUGAUGUUGUGGUUGACAAUGCACGAAAUUUAUAUCGAUUAUUGGAAUGUAGUUUCGUACCAUUACGUCUUGCACGUGAGGUGCAAGCGGAGCUAGAACAAGUAGCAGAAUUGAAGAAAGUUGAGUAUAAUCAAUAUAUCGAUGCCCUCAGGAGCGUAACAGCUACGAAGGUUAUAAAGCAUAUUUCCCUCAUUUAUGACACUCUGUCAAUUAAGCGUAUCCAAAAAGUGAUCCCGUUUUUUAAUGGCAUUGAAUUGGAACGAUUUCUGGUCGACAUAGCAAAACAUCGUUAUGUAAAAGCUCGCAUUGAUCAUCGUGGUGGUUGUAUUCAUUUUGGAGCAACAGAUGCAGCGCUUUCUGGUUUUUUUGAUCUAGAAGCUUCAGAUGGUUUCGGGAAUGAUGCAGAACAGAUUGCCGCGGAAGAUAUCAGAACUCAUCUGCAGUCGAUGUACAAUAAUUUAAGAAACGUAGUACAAAUCCUCGACCAUGAAAAAAUCAAAAAAGAUGCUCUUAAUGACUUAAAACGUCAUGCAGAAAUAUAUCUAUAUCAUAAAGAUGCUGAUUACGAACGCAUCAUGUUGCGUAGAAAAAAAAUCGAAAGUUACAAGGAAACUAGUGAAAGACAAAAGCUAGAGAAGUGCCAGCAAGCGCAAGCAGAGGCAAACAGAAAGGAAGAACAACGAAGAGCUGAAGAAAUGCGUCGGUUAGAACAAGAAAAUAUUGAGAAAGAAAAAAUGCGCAAACUCGCUGAACAAGAAGAGAUGGAUCGAAGACUACGAGCAGAAAAAAUGAAGAAGAUUCAAUCUACUCCAAUAUAUCAGGCUAUUGUAAAGGACCAUGGCGAAGAUGCGUUUCAGAAUAUGGAUCCAGAUUCAGUGCUGCGUGAGCAGCGUGAUCGUUUGGAUGAACAGCGUCGCGAGCAACAAGCACGUUUGCAACAACAAGAAAAGAAAUUUGAUCAUCUUGUUCGUGCUUAUCAUCUGCAAGAAAUAAUAGCUCGCAAAGCUAUUUCAGAUAAUUUUGCUAUAAAAGCUCCAGAAAAUCAUGAGGCUUACGAAAAGUAUCGUAUUGAAACUGCCAUUAAGGAGCAUGAAAAUGCUGUGGCUGUUUAUGAACGCAUGCAGAAAGUAAGAAUGGAUCCCGAUGCAGCUGCAUUUCUUGAAUCUGUUAAAAAAGCACAUGCUGAGGAUUUUGAGAAGAAGAUGCAAGAGUGGCAAAGAAAAUUGGAGGAGGAGAAACGGAAACGUCUUGAAGAACGUCAUGAACUCAGAAAGAAAGAACGAAGGAGAGAAUGGCUUCAGGAGCGCGAACGAGAAUUGACUAGGGCAAAAGAAGCAGCAGAACAAGCAAGAAAAGAAGAGCAAGAAAAGGAGCGAAGAGCGGCACGUAAUCCUAAGCGUGAAAUGACUGACAAAGUAGACGAACUUGAUUGGAGCAGAAAUGCUCACCCAAUCCAGUCUCGAACUUUGUCAGUGUCUAAACCUAUUGGAGAUCGGUUUGUGGAAGGUGAAUAUCAUCGUGAACGCGCUCCGAUGAUUGUAUCAGAAGCUGAAAGUGGACCAUGGACACGAGGAAACUUUAUUACUGCACUGCAAAGGCAAGAAACUCAAACUCGUGAUUUGGAACGUCCCUUGAUACCAUCUCGUUUUCCUGAAAAAGAACAACUACGUAGUGAAGCAGAUACUUCAGGAGUUUGGAGGAGAGGACAAGUUAUGGAACGUGACAAAAAUCAACCUUUUGGACAACCGUCAUUCAUGGAAAGACGUGGCGAACCUACAGGUGCUCAACGAGAUACAAAACCAGCACCAUCUGUAGCUAAUUCAGGACAAUGGAAACGAGGGUUAUUUGUCUCAUCGCGUCCAACUGAUCAUGUCGAUUCUUCGCAGCGGGUAUCUUCAACAGCUCCAAAAAGUCAGCCAUGGAUUUCUUCACGACUUCGUCAAGCAGAUGGCGCUCCCACCAAUCCUAAUACAUCUAGAAGAAUAUUGGAAGGAAGUAGUACUAAUGAGCUUGCUACUGGUAAAUGGAGUCGUUCAGGCCAACGUGCUGGAGACGGACACGGUGCUCAUUUCUGUAAGUUCGUUUAA